AUGACUGUCAGCAGACGUUCAAAGCAAUGGUGGAAGCAGGCCAUCAUCUACCAGAUCUACCCUGCAUCGUUCUGCGACUCCAACGGCGAUGGCAUGGGUGAUCUCCAGGGCAUCAUAUCCAAGCUAGACUACAUCGCAAGCCUCGGCGUUGAUGUCAUCUGGGUAUGUCCCAUGUACGACAGCCCGCAGGUCGACAUGGGCUAUGAUAUCUCCAAUUACGAAGAUGUCUAUGCUCCAUACGGCACUCUCCAGGAUAUGGAGGAGUUGAUCCGCAAAACACAUGAAAAGGGCAUGAAGAUUAUGCUUGAUCUUGUUAUCAACCAUACUUCUGACAAACACGCUUGGUUUGAAGAGUCAAGACUCAGCAAGGAUAGUCCCAAGCGUGACUGGUACAUUUGGAGACCUGCCAAGUACUCCCCAGAAGGCCAACGUCUUCCCCCAAAUAACUGGCGCUCCAAUUUCGGUGGCGGUAGUGUUUGGGAGUGGGACGAGACAACGGGGGAGUACUACCUACACCUCUUUGCAAAAGAGCAGCCCGAUCUCAAUUGGGAGAACCCAGAGACGCGUCGCGCCAUCUAUGCUUCGUCGAUGGAGUUUUGGCUCGACAGAGGCGUCGAUGGCUUCAGAGUCGACACGGUCAACAUGUACUCCAAGCUCCAAGACUUUCCCGACGCGCCCAUCACCGACCCGAAAGCGAAAUACCAACCUGCCGGUCUUCUCUACUGCAACGGACCUCGAAUGCACGAGUUUCUCGGCGAGAUGAACGAGAUUCUCGAGCGGUAUGGGGCCAUUACAGUUGGAGAACUGCCUCAUACACCGGAUCUGGAAAAGGUCCUGAGAUAUGUGAGCGCGAAAGAGAAGCAGCUCAACAUGGUGUUCCAGUUUGAUGUUGUGGAUAUCGGGUUUGGGAAGACGCAUAAGUACGAGACGGUACCGAAGAAUUAUACCCUUCCUCAGCUGAAAGAUGCUUUUGGGAGGACGCAGAGUCUGAUUCAGGGGACUGAUGCUUGGACGACUGUGUUUAUGGAGAACCAUGACCAAGCACGCUCUGUGUCACGCUUCACAAACGAUAGUCCAGAGUACCGAGUCGCAGGGGCUAAGCUACUGGCUUUGCUGCAGUCUUGUCUAAGCGGUACGCAGUAUGUCUACCAAGGACAAGAAAUUGGAUCCGUCAAUGCUCCCAAGGAGAGCUACCCAUUAGAGAACUACGUCGACAUCGAGAGUUACCAAUUCCUCGAUAUAGUCAAGGAGCGAUCAAACGAUGAACAAGAGAUCGACAAGGCCUUCAAUGCUCUUCAAUACCUCGCUCGAGACCACGCUCGCAUCCCUAUCUGCUGGAGUGACGCCAAGUACGGCGGUUUCUCCGAAGUAGACCAACCUAAAGAGCCCUGGAUGCAAGCCCAUCCUCUAUCGCGCGAGAUCAACGUCGCAUCUCAGCUUGACGAUCCAAACAGCGUGCUAUCAUUCUGGAAGAAAGCACUGCGUUUCCGAAAAGAGUUUUCUGACCUGACGGUGUAUGGAGAUUAUAAGCUUAUCCGGCGGGAGGACCCUGAUGUUUAUGCUUUUGUUAAGGAGUCUCAGGUUGAUGGUUCCAAGGUUGCUGUUGUUCUGAACUUUACUCCUGAGGAGAAGACGUUGAGUGCUCUGACAGGUGAAGAGCUUGGUCUUAGUGGACAGGAAGUCAAGUUGGUGCCUGUUAUGUCGACACAUUCUGGAAAAGAACAGGCUGGUGUCUUGUCGCCGUUUGAAGGAAGGGUUUACCUAGUCACUUAG